AUGAGGUUUUCUAUCUUCAACAAGAACAAAUCAAACAAAAAACAAACAAUAUUAGCAAACAUCGCGGCUCUCUCCAUUGUUGUUCUACAAUUACUUGGCCAGUUAAACAUCACAGAAGCAAACUAUGUUGGCCUAGGGAAUCACAUCCUGCGAGAUGGAAAGGUGACGCUUGCCGAAGGCUCGAGGGUUGUUAAUAAACAAGACAUGGAACAGAACAUGACGAUUUCUGACGAUGCUUGUGAUAUUGCUUUUGAUAAGGAGGGGAAUAUCCUUCUCCUCUACAUGAAUCAAGGGACGAUAAAGGAUAAUGGUUGUACGGUGGAUCUUCUAACCAAUAUUGUGGACGAGAUUGUUUUAAAUUCUGGUUUGAAUAAUAGUGCAGGGCUUGGUACUUGUCUUAGAGGAGAUACCAUCAAUUCUAAUGUACUGCCUUUUGCUUACAGUCUGACAAAUGAGGAAGUCAAAAAAUUUCACAACGGCCCGAUUUUUGCUAAUCAGUAUUGCCCUAGUUGUUUAGAGGGUUGUGUCAAACAGACAGGUCUAGAAGUCAGAUGGGAAUAUAAUGAUGUUCGAGAGAUAGAAUAUGCUGUGUUUAAUGCAAAUCCAAGUAAAAUAUCCGUGCCUAAUUAA